GAAACGCAUCGAACAGCCAGAAUCAAGAUCACUGAACUAAAUCCGCACCUGAUGUGUGUGCUUUGUGGAGGGUACUUCGUUGAUGCCACAACUAUAAUAGAAUGUCUACAUUCCUUCUGUAAAACGUGUAUUGUUCGUUACCUGGAGACCAGCAAGUAUUGUCCUGUUUGUGACGUCCAAGUUCUCAAAAUCAGACCACUACUGAAUAUAAGGUCAGAUAAAACUCUUCAAGAUGGGCUAUACAAAUUAGUUCCAGGGAUUUUCAAAAAGGAAAUGAAGAGAAGAAGGGAUUUUUAUGCAGCUCAUCCUUCCGCUGAUGCUGCCAAUGGUUCUAAUGAAGACAGAGGAGAGGUUGCAGAUGAAGAUAAGAGAAUUAUAACUGAUGAUGAGAUAAUAAGCUUAUCCAUUGAAUUCUUUGACCAGAACAGAUUGGAUCGGAAAGUAAACAAAGACAAAGAGAAAUCUAAAGAGGAGGUGAAUGAUAAAAGAUAUUUACGAAGCCCAGCAGCAAUGACUGUGAUGCACUUAAGAAAGUUUCUCAGAGGUAAAAUGGACAUACCAAAUAUUUUCCAGAUUGAUGUCAUGUAUGAGGAGGAACCUUUAAAGGAUUAUUACACUCUAAUGGAAAUUGCCUACAUUUAUACCUAGAG